CAGGAAUGGAACUAGGAAAGCAGAAUCUCCAAGUAGCUCUCGUUGGGAGGCAGGUUACCCCAAACAGCCAAGCCUAUUCACUUGAAAAAGACCAGAAGAUUCAGAAAUACUCCAGUUCAACCAGUUCUAAUUCCCAAGAUGGAAUGAAAUCGAUAUAUUCGGAAUAUGGAGUGGGUUCUAAGAUGAAAAUUGGCACUCUGAAGAUUGUUAUUAUCGCAAUCUUAUUCCUUAUCUUGGACUUUAUCUUCAGAGAGGAUAUUUUUGAGUAUGAAAUACAACUCUUGAGCUAUCUAAGGGCAAAUAUUCAGAGUCCAGGCUUUUAUACUUUUUGCAAGUCAAUUCUUUGGCUGACUGAGUUGGAGACAAUAAAAAUCUUGUGAAUCAUUCUCUACUUCUUUAUAGACCCAAUGAUCGCAUUCAAAACAGGAAUUCUUACUUACAUUGCUAUAUAUGCAAGUGUAAAUUUGAAAUUUAUGUAUGCUAUUCCUAGACCGUUUUGGAUUGAUCAUACAAUCGAUGUAACAACCUGAAGCUUAGACUUCUCAGGCCCUUCAGACCAUACUUGCAUUGGUUCUUUCUUUUACACAUAUGCUACCUUAUACUACUACUUCAUCAAUGAAGACAAAAGAUUUGACAGUGAAGAAAGUGUUAGCAGUGAUCCUGGAUGGAUCUCAAGACAUAAGAAUCAAAUCAAUAUCUUCCUUUGCAUAUCAAUUAUAGUAAUUGUAAUGCUGUUUACAGGAUUUUCUUUGUUCCUCCUUGGCCAGACUUUCAUGUUCGAGUCUACGAUAGGGAUCAUCUAUAGUAUCCUCUUUGCUCUAUUCUGUUUGAAGGUGGAUAACCAGUUUUAUAAAUAUUCCUAUAACACAGCUUUUAAUAUCGAGAAAUCAAGGAGGUAUAAAUUCCUCCUAUUAUUUAUCUGAAUUGGUCUCUUCAGUUCAAACUUACUCAUAAAGCAGUUGACAGAAGAUAAGAACCUAAGUUUCUCUAAAUGGGCUCAAGCACCUUGAAUUGUAGAAAAUGGGACUCAUCUGAGAUAUGACCUUGGAGGAGAUUAUACCUUCUUUGAUAAUUACAUUUUGUUCAUGAUAGUUGGAUGUGUCUUUGGUUGAGCAUUUGCAUCCUCCCAAAUAGAUGACUUCUUGAGCAGAGAAACAAAGACAUAUAAGAAAGUAAUUCGGACCAUAAUAGGUUUAAUCAUCAUCUUGGGAAUAGAGCUAGGAUCUCAAGCAAUUCCUGUUGAUAAUUAUCUCACCGAAUUCAUAUUUAGAUAUGGCCUUCCAAAUUAUGUGAUGGGUUAUUUUUGAUACGGAAUAUACCCAAUAAUCUGGCAAUACCUUUGUCUUCUUGGAGAUGCUGAGAACUAUAGUACUGAUGAAUCAGAGUUAGACCAGCAAGAGGAAUCUCAUAUCCAAGAAGAGAGUCACCAAACAUCUGUUUCUUCUACUAGACAGGAAGAUACAGGGGUGUUACCUCCAAUUGCAAUCAGAAAUCUUGACUCAAACAGCAGAGCCACUAGCGGGAAUGAUGAUCUCGAGACUACUAAAAAAAUAAAAAAUCUUAAGCUAAAGAGAAUAAAUCUAGAAAGACGAGACAUCGAUUUCUUUAAGCCUGAAGAACCCUAAGAGCUUUUGAAUAAUUAGAGUUGCACUUUGGG